AUGAAGCGAAAUCGACCAAGCGGGUCUCAGCAGCGAAAAAUUAAGAAGGCAAGAGAAAAGUCAGCUGAGGCGAUGUCUGGAUCAAUUUUAAAAUAUGUUGCACCUUCAACAUCUACCGCAGUAGGAGAAAGUGCUGAAGACAUACAGUCUGGUGAUGUUGCACCUUCAACAUCUACCGCAGUAGGAGAAAGUGCUGAAGACAUACAGUCUGGUGAUGUUGCACCUUCAACAUCUACCGCAGUAGGAGAAAGUGCUGAAGACAUUCAAUCUGGUGAAUCCAGAGGUGAAAUGCCUGAAGUAUCUUCUCAAGAAAAUUUCUAUGUGAACGCGCAAGAAUUGGAGAAGAUCGUUUUAGCUUCAAGCGGUGAAAGUGAUGUAGACGAAGGGGAUGCCAGCAAAAGCCUGCAUCGGCAAGAAUCUGAUGAUGAUGAAGAAGAAAAAGAAGAGGAGACUGUACGACUGUCAGUUUAUUCUGAUGUUGCUGCUUGGCCAGUUCCAGUUCCAGAUGUCUUAAGAGUGGACCUUAUUAAGAGGGGAAGUGAACCUUUCCAAAAUAGAGAUGGGCCAUUCAAUCCUGUUGAAAGACAAGGAGAGAAAUCAAAAGGGAAGAGUCGACAGCUGACCACUGCAUGGUUCUAUAAGGCUCUGCCUAAUGGCGAAAAAGUUCUUAGAACGUGGAUGGUGUACUCUCCAUCAAAACAGAGUUUGUUUUGUUUCUGCUGCAGACUUUUUGCUGUAGAUGACAAACUAACAGUGGACAGAGAGAAAAGGAAAUGGAGGGAUAUUUUGCAUCGCCUCUUGGAUGUAACUUUGUUUCUGGCUCACCAGAAUCUUCCUUUUCGUGGUCAUAGAGAGACCAUGUCAUCAGCAAACAAAGGAAACUUCCUGGAAUUGAUAGAUUUGCUCUCAAACUAUGAUCCCAUUUUAAAGGAACAUUCCAUGCGACUGAAACAUGCUGUUGCAUCUGGAAAGAGAAUGUGUUCCUAUUUCUCUCCAAAAAUUCUGAAUGAAUUAAUUUGUCUUUUGGGGAAUCACGUGAAGGACAAAAUAGUGGCUGAUAUCAAGAAAGAAAAAUACUUUGGGAUUCUUUUUGACAGCACCCCUGAUGUGUCCCACACUGAUCAGAUGUGUGAAGUGAUCAGAUAUGUUCAUAUUGAAGGUGACAAGGUUGAAGUAAAAGAAUCAUUCUUGAGCUUCUUUCCUAUUGCUGGAAAGACUGCUGCUGAGCUCACAGAAAAUAUCCUGCAACAUCUGGAGGAAGAUGGACUAGACAUAAGUCUUUGCCAUGGUCAAGGAUAUGAUAAUGCUGCAACUAUGGCAGGGAUUCAUGGUGGUGUGCAGGCAAAAAUAAAAGAGAUUAAUCCCAAGGCUUUUUUUAUGCCAUGUGCAAAUCAUUCCCUGAACCUCUGUGGGGUGCACUCAUUUGGAAGUGUUGUUUCCUGUGUGACCUUUUUUGGAACAUUGGAGAGAGUCUAUGUGUCAGCUGAUGCGAAUGCUCUGCCCGAAGUGACUGAACAUACUCGCAGUGCAUCUGGCUGGCAAGAACAGAAAGAAGGAGUGAAGUGA